AAAGUUAGUGCAUCUGUGGUACAAGCAACACAACGAUAGCGUCGUGAGAUCAUUUAAGUCUAUCGACAUGAAGACAUUUAUAUGUUUGUUGGCGUUCGCCGUGGCAACAUGCAGGGCUGGUUUUGAUUCAGGAUACGACAAUGGCGGGGGACACGACCAAGGUGACAACGGUGGAUAUCAUUAUCCUGCGCCCUUGGUCAGCAACGGUGGCCACGACUUCUCAGGCGGACAAGGAGACUUCUCUGGCGGUCACGGACAAGAGUUUUCAGGUCAUGGGCAAGAUUUUUCCGGCGGUCAUGGGCAAGGAAACGAUUACACUCUAGCCUUAGCACAAGGACAGGAUUACGGGCACGGGCAACAGGGCUUCGAUUUAGGCGGUCACGGUCAAAGCUUCGACAUCGGGCACGGUCCAGUACUGAAUAAUUUUGGCGGAGAUUCCUAUUUGCAAGCUGCACAUGAUUUGGGAAACCAAUUCGACGGGCAUCAAGGUGACGUGAGUGGCCCGGAAAAUCAAGAGGGCCACGGCGGCGUUGGUGAUGGCCACGGUCAAGGAUUCAUUCUAGAAGAUGGCGGUCACGACUUCGGACAUGGAGGCCACGAUUUCAGCAACGUAGAAGCUAUUCCUGUUGGUGAACAUGUUGACGAGGAACAUCCCGUUGAAGUGCCAAAUUAUAAGCACGUAACUGUACCAAUUCAUAAGCCUCUGCACGUGAAUGUACCCAAGCCUAUUCUUAUUGGAGUGCCGCAGCCUUAUCCAGUCAAAGUUCCCGUACACAAGCCAGUAGCUGUGCCGGUGGAGACCGAAAUUUCUAUACCCAUCGAGAAGGUUGUUCCAUACCCGGUUGUGAAGCAUGUUCCCUAUCCCGUGGAGAAACAUGUACCCAUUAGAGUUGAGAAGACUGUGCAUGUGCACGUGCCCCAACCUUACCCCGUUAAGAUCCCCGUAUAUAAAACCAUUCAUCAUAAAGGUCACCAUUGACUCAGAUGAUAAUGCCAUGAGUUGUAAAUAUUGU